AUGAACAACCAACUGGGCCAAUCACUGGCAGCAAAAAGAAUAGUCGUGGCCGGCGCAGGAUUCGCAGGCCUGUCUUUUGUACUUGCUUUCGACCAGCUCUGGGCAAAAUCAACCCUCAACCGUCCAGAAGUGCUGCUGCUGGAAGAGGAUAAUCGUGACAAGUCUAUUCACAAGUAUCCUUAUACGCUCUGCAUCAACGGAGCCAGCUCUGAUGAUGGACUCGCGGUCAUUCAACAACUAGGCCUAUUGGAUGAGGUCCGCAAACAUUCAACUCUCAAUGAUGGAGAUAUUCGCGUAUGGUCAGAAAAUUGGAAGUGGCUAUCGUCGAUUAAUCCGAGCGCGUAUGGGAACCUACCAGCUGCAACCAUGCGCGUCGCCCGUGAGGAUCUCAAACGCAUACUGGUGGAGAAAAUUGAACAAACGAAGACUGUCAUAAAGUGGAACUCAGCAUGUACAUCAGCUGAACAUCUGUCGAACGGUCAGAUCCGAGUCUCUGUCUCUGGAUGUGAAAGUCAUGAAGGCAUGAACACUUCCAUGCUGGACUGCGAUGUUCUCGUGGCGGCCGAUGGCGCCAACAGUUGUAUUCGAGCCUGCUUUCGCCCUAAUGACAUGACAACGCAAUACGCUGGCGCAACGCAGAUUGGUGGUAUCUCAUUUUUUCCAGAAGGUGUUCCAAAGCCCGUCAAUCAGGACUUCAGUCUUCAAAUGUCGUCAGGCGAAGGAGUUUGUUGCAUCUAUCACCCACUUAAUAGCAAGAGGAUUGACUGGGCGCUGAGCACAGUAGGGCCGGAGCUUAAAUCUAAAACAAGCUUCAGUCCCGAGAAGCUUACUGCAUUGAAACAAGAAGCUUUAGAGACUGCCUCUAUGUUCCAAGAGCCCUUCAAAUCAAUCGUUAACGCUACAAUUCCCGGUACUGCCUUCAUACGCCCCGCUAAGGAGAAGCCUGCAUUCCCGCAUGAUACUCGCCUACGAGGGGUGUUCUUCAUUGGUGAGGCCAACCAUAUUCUCAACUCAUUUGAGCUGCUGGGUGCGAAUCUGGCGCUGGGUGAUGGUUGGGACUUGGCAGAGCAGCUUUUUUGUAAUGCCUCUCUAGAUGCGGUAGCUGCUUCUUACGAUAGGCUGAGUAUUCCUCGCUUUCAACGUGCCUUCGACUUUUCUCAUGAGCGAAUUAAUUUUGGGCACUGUAAAGGAGGCAAGUGGUUGUUUUAUAAACAUGGCAUGGCUGCCCAGCGGGCAUUAAAGAAGGUUCAUUAA